CCAGAAAGUUGGUGACAGCGGGAGCUGGUGUUACCCUUUAGCGGGGGUGAGGGACAGAGGGGACAUCCCCCAGCUGAGCAGGACCCGACUCCAUGGGCUCCCGGCACUUCCCCGCCCGGACCGUGCUCUUCGAGAAGGAGUCCAACGGUGUCACAUACCGCGUGCCCGCCCUGCUCUACCUGCCCUGCGUGGCCAAGCUGCUGGCUUUUGCGGAGGAGCGGCUGAGUGCUGACGAUGCCCAUGCCAACCUACUGGUUCUGCGCCGUGGCACCAUCUACGGGAGUUAUGUGGAGUGGGAAGACAUGCGGGUGCUGGAGACAGCGAUGCUGCAGCACUACCGGUCAAUGAACCCCUGCCCGCUCUACGACGAGUUCACUGGCACCCUCUUCCUUUUCUUCAUCACGGUGCUGGGUAGGACACCUGAAGCCUACCAGAUUGUGACCGGCCAAAACGUCACCCGCCUUUGCUGCAUCACCAGCGCUGACCAGGGCCUGAGCUGGAGCACGGCCACAGACUUGACGCAGCAGGUCAUUGGCGGGGCCAUCAAAGACUGGGCAACAUUUGCUCUGGGCCCUGGGCAUGGGAUCCAGCUGCGGUCUGGCCGGCUGCUGGUGCCCGCCUAUAGCUACCACAUCGACUGCAAGGAGUGCUUCGGGCAGCUCUGCAAGACCACCCCUCACUCCUUUGCCUUCUACAGCGAUGACCAUGGACAGGGCUGGCGCUUCGGGGAGUUCAUCCCCAACCUGCAGACGGGCGAGUGCCAGCUGGUCUCAGUGGAUGAGGAAGAUGGUUCCAAUGUCCUCUACUGCAAUGCCCGCAGCCCCUUGGGCUUCAGGGUCCAGGCACUCAGCACAGAUGAUGGGGCUGUCUUCCACAGCGGGCAGCUGGUCCAGCGGCUGGUUGAGCCCCCCCAUGGCUGUCACGGCAGUGUUGUUGGCUUCCCCGCACCUUUCGUGUACAUCCCCACCACCCCCCAGGACCCUGUGAUGCCCCUCCGAGGCUCAGCUCCCCAGCUGCUCCGUGGGAUGUUCCCGGGGUUGCGGUACCUGCCCAGCCCUCAGGGAGUCAGUGAUGAACUGCCCAUCAUGGACACCAGCAGCCUCCACAAGCCAGCUGAGCCUGAGAAGGGCUGUCCUUCCCCAGGGUGUCAUGGCCAUGCCCAUGGCAUCACCUCAGUCCAACAGGACCCUGCAGUGGCCUGCAACCCCACUCCCUUCUUCCAUGCACCGACGUGGGUCCUCUACUCCCACCCCACCAGCUCCAUGUCACGGGUCAACAUGGGGGUUCACCUGAGCACUUUCCCCAGGGAUGUGGAGAGUUGGACCGAGCCAUGGGUUAUCUAUGAGGGCCCAAGUGCUUACUCGGACCUGGCUUACAUAAAGCUGCCCUACAAUGAGGCCUCCAUCUCUGGUGGCCCGGCCAUCGCUUUCGCAUGCCUCUAUGAAAAUGGGAUGCGGUCACCCUACGAGCAGAUCUCCUUCAGCAUGUUCACACUGCAGGAUGUUCUCCAGAACAUCCCCCUGACAGCCACUGCUCCCCAGCGGGAUGGUGGCCCCCCGCGCCAUGGGAAGCAGGGGCAAAGCUGCUGUCUCAUCUCCUAGUGACCCCCCCGGGUUGACUCCCCCUGGUCCUCCCACGCCAGAACCCGGGGCACCAACCCAGAGCCCAGUGCACCAGGAUGCUCACAGCCUGGGGUCCUGCACCAGCAAGCAUGGCCACACCACACAGAAGGCAUGCACUACCAUCCCAAAACUGGGUUUUGUCUCAUUUUUAUUGCUAUUUUUUAAUUAUAUAGUUGGUUGGGCAUGGAAGCUUUUGCCACCAGCCCAGCUCCAGGUUCCUU